UGAGAGAGUGUGUGUGUAUGAGCGCGCCUGCCUGCCUUCCUGCUAGCCUGCCUGACUGUGUGUGUGUGUGUGUGUGUGAGAGAGGGAGAGUCAGUAAGCGUGUGGAUACUACUCCACCAGACUGCAUGUCUCUGGCGUCACUAGGGGAGCAGCACACACAUUACAGAGAGUAGGGCUGAACCAGAGUUCUGACAGAACUGCAGGCCAGGAGGACACCAGGACAGUGUGCGGCGGAGUGAGCAGACAAGACAGACAGACUACACAAGGCCUAGCUCAGAAGCCCCAUCAUGGCGUCCAACAACACAGCAAGCAUCGCCCAGGCCAGGAAACUGGUAGAGCAGCUGAAGAUGGAGGCCAACAUCGACAGGAUAAAGGUGUCCAAAGCAGCAGCAGACUUAAUGUCCUACUGCGAAGCCCAUGCCAAAGAGGACCCUCUCCUGUCGCCGGUGCCCGCAUCCGAAAACCCUUUUAGGGAGAAGAAGUUCUUCUGUGCCAUCCUGUAAACAGGAUGUGGUUUAUUUGGUCUGCUCAUCUUGGGACAUGAACGAGGACGUUCAAUACGUAGACAUCUUCUAACAGGAGGGCUUGGUGAAGUACUAGUGCCCCUUUCUCUACAAUGGCACCUAAAGAGUGCAAUUAAAAACCACAGAGUAACACGUAACCAUUUACAGCGGUUAAGGGGUGUGCAGCAUGUUUGAUGGGUCCAUCUGUGUAGUCAGAUUACAACAGAAGAUAAGUGUGGUUAUCCACCCAAAAACAUGAUGGACAACCAAUCAACCAAGUCUUCAGGUUGUGUUGGUUUUUUUUUUAAAUGAAGGAAAAAACAACAAAAUAUUGUGUGGUUCUUUUGGAACUUGAAAUCCAAGUGUUAUGUUCAAUGGUUUGUGGUGGGUUGGGUAGUGUAGGUGUGCUGGCUAAGUGAGCUGCUUACCACGAGAUAUUACCACCUGUUUAUCUGAAUGUUUUUAUUUUUGUUGUUUAUUUCAUGUGGAUUUUGAUUCUGAGGUUCAUUGGUUUGGCUAUGUCACUUAGAUAUCUUUGUAUUACUGUACAGUACUAGUCAAAAGUUUGGACACACCUACUCAUUCAAGGGUUUUUAUUUAUUUUUAAUAUUUUCUACAUUGUAGAAUAAUA